GUUGAUUUUCACCCAGACAGUAAAUUUGACCCAGCAAGCACUCUCCUUAUGCAUGCUGGGUUGUAUUAGCUGGGGAGACCGAUAUUCCUAUACCCAAGAGCCGCAGCAAAGUUUCCCCCUGCAGUUGCAGCCCCGUUGUUGGGAUACAUAACCCUCCUUUUUUGAAUCUCUGUCAGUCCAUGGUGACGGGAGACGCCACUCGUUCGCUGUGGAUCUGUACUAUCCUUAAUACUUUGAUAACUCCCAUUUAAUAUGCGCGAAUGGGAUGAAAUGUGAAUCAUAUACAUUUUUGAAAAGUCUUCUCCUUUUUCUCUUUUUCUCUAGACAACGUGUGCUGUAUUUUUGCCGCGUGGCGAACUGUCCUCUUUUCCCUAGUCUGCGGUGACGCAAAGGUUCCUUCAUAUUCUAUACUCUACAUAACAACAUGGCUUCCCUGGCAGAAGCCUUGGAAAAAGUGCAUUUGAACGGCACCACAUCGCCGGAUGCAAAAGCACUUCGUGAGAAUCAUGAGACGCAGGAAGAAACAAAAAAGGAGACCGAAGAUAAGGUAGAGGAGGAAGAGGCCGAGGAAGAGAUCGAAACAGGACCAGUGACGCCAUUCCCCUUCUUCGACCUACCCUCAGAGAUCCGUCUACGCAUCUACUCCUUCGUCCUGUUCACUCCUCGCCGUCGCAAAAGACAAAGACAACAACCAAUACCCAAGCGCCCCAACGGCAGCGUAGGCGCCUCGUCCAAGAACCCUCCCCUAGCCCCCCUCUCCGAGCGUCUCGCUCUGUUCCUCGUGUCGCGCCGGAUGCACAACGAAGCCACAGACUUCUUCUACUCCUCCCAGACCUUCCGUAUCUUCCAAAUCCAGGACCACUCGCGCACGCCGACCGUCCGCUUAAUCCCCUCGCAGUACCUGCCCUCGGUCGCCACCAUCGAACUCAUCCUAGGCUCCUCCUGGACAGCGCCACCCAAGUCGUGGACGGUCAACCGCAGCCUGGGCCUGGAGCAGAUGACGCGGGUCCGCACGCUUAAGGUCUUCAUCGAGUGCGACCCGUCGCACCCGGUGUUCGAGGGGUUUCGGAUCUCGCCGAAUUUUUACACGGAGUUCGCGGGCGGACUCCUGCGUCAGAUUCUCAAGCGUCUGCCGAACCUGAUCUAUGUAGAAUUCGAUGGCUAUCCGUCUGUGCGCAAGAGUGGGUCCUUGAUGAAGCGGUUGCUGUUUGAGACGAGGGUCUCGGGCGCGAAGGUGGCCUGGGGCCCCGAACGGGGCUGGACGGAUUGGGAUGGCGAGGAGCUGGAGCCGCCUUUUGUGCGUGGGACGAAGGUGAAUGAGUUUGUUUGCCCGGAUGAGGUCCCGCCUCCGGCGCUGUCGAUGUUGAAUGCAUGAGUUGGAUUUCUUUUUCUUCGCUUGGGAGUAUUAUAGAUUUUGGAAUCUUGGAGGACAUCGCGAGCGACUAUAUAGUACAAUAGAAACUACAUAUUC